AUGGAAUCUCUGACUCCCUCACCAAACACAGUAGAUAUGAAACUGAAGAUAACUCAUAUAGAAUGCCAUCCCGAAUGCUUGGUUAUAGUGUUCCAGGGUCAAUACAAGGCAGGAUGUGAGCUUGACUAUUAUAUACUACAAAAUGAAAUACAACGUGUAUUCAAGGUAAAAGAUAAUGUUCAUGUUGGUGGAUCUUGUUUGGUGGAAGACACAGAAGGAAAAUGGCAUAGAGGAAGAGUUCUAGAAAAGAGAGAGAAUAUCUGCGAGGCUUUUCUUAUGGACACUGGGCAAGUGCUAGUGGUUGAGGAAACGCAUCUUGCUUCUGCUUGCGAUGAAUUGUUUCAGCUGCCUCCAAAGGUGGUUUUGGGCGUUUUUGCAAGCAUACUUCCUCUUGGAGAAAAAUGGGGUCCAAAAGCUAUUAACUAUUUUUCAUCUCUGGUAGGAUUACAGAUUACAGGUCAUGUGAAAGCUGUUAUGCCAUACCAACUGUUUAUUCUAGAAGUACCAAAGAUCACUAGUGAUGUUCUUGAACUGCAGUUAGGAAAAUCUAUUGAUGGAGAUUCAUUUUGUCUUGUUGUAGAAACUUUAAGAGCGUUUCCCCAGGAAAUGCUUUGUAAGAGGGUGCCACAAUUGUUUCAACAGAAGUAUCCAGUCAAGAAGUUGCUUACUUUCAGUAAUUCUGAGAAACCAACAGAUUUUUGGCCAGUUCCAGGUGAUCUCUUUCCACGUCUACCUGUUGGCAGUAAAGAAAACGUAAAAAUAACUGUUGCAGUAAGCCCAAAUAAAUUUUACUGUCAGAUACAGAAAUGGCAGAAAGAGCUGGAAGAUUUGACAGCAGCUAUGCAUUUGUACUAUGAAGCUAUCACUACAGAAAAUAAUAAAUCUUCUGAUAAUUUAGGGCUACUCUGUGCUGCCAAAAUGCAAAAUGGACAAUGGCAUAGAGGAGUGAUAAAACAGCUUCUCUCUGACCAUGUGGAAGUCUGGUUUAUGGAUUUUGGCAAUAUUGAAGCGGUGCCAUCUAGUUGCAUUCAGAAACUUAAAGUAGAGUUCAUGGCGUUACCAAUGAUUUCAUUUCCAUGUGCGCUGUCUUGUUUUGGUAGUCAGGAUGAAACAGUAAAAAAAGUUCAGCUGAAAGAACUUAUACGGGCCUUGAUAGAACAAACUUCGGUGUGUGUCCAUGUUGAUUUAUUCAAUGACAUUAAAUGCUUGUAUUACGUUACGCUGCAAAAUCACAAUCUUGGAAUUAAUGCUAAGCAUCCAGAAAACCUGAAUGAGGCAGCUGCAUCAUGUGUCUCGCUUUUGGGAACAAAAAUCACAAGUAUUGCUGUAAACUACAAACAAUGUGAUGAGAGAUACAAUUCAUUUAAGAAUUGUACUGGAAAUAAACAUACAAAAAACUGCUUACCUGAACGGGAUAUUUCUUUGUCAAGCCACUGCAAAAGAGUAGAAAUGCAAAUGAAUUCCUUUUAUACUGCUUUUGUGGUAUAUGUCAUAAAUCCAUCUGACUUCUGGAUUCAAACAUGUGAAUAUCAGAAUGAAUUUCAAGCCUUGAUGAAAAAUAUUGCAGAUGCAUAUAACCGAUGUGGAGCUGAUGAAAUGGUCCUUAAAAACCCAGAACCUGGAUUGCUGUGCUGUGCCCGGUAUAGCAAAGACAUGCAUUAUUAUCGGGGUGUUGUCAUUGAAGUGCUUCAUGUAAAUGUUACUGUUUAUUUUUUGGACUUUGGAAAUACAGAUACAGUACCCUUUUACGAUGUGAAAACAUUGCUUCCUGAGUUUUCUGAUUUACCAGCUUUAGCUGUGUGCUGUGCGCUUGCUUAUACGUUUCCUAUUGAUGAUAUGUGGGUUAAAAAGGAAAAUGAUUUCUUCAAAGGCAUUGUGUUUAACAAACUACUCCUGCUUCAUGUCAUUGGAAAGCAAAACAACAAAUAUAUUGUUCAUGCACAGUAUAAGAAUGGUUUGCAGCAUAGAAAUGUUGCCACAUGUAUGGUUCAGGCUGGAUAUGCUGAAUACUGGGAAAAGACACCAGAUUCUGUUCUAAAUUCAGCAAAAACAAUUCAAGCCCUGAAUCCCCACAAAUUAAAAAAAGAAGUAAAUGCACAGAGCAUCUGUAAUAUUCGUAAAAAUAAGGUAUCUGGAAAUGGAGAGAUAUUUCAGAAGGAAAAAUCAUUAAGUGUGCCUUCAGUGCUGAAAGAAUCUGUUGUGUUGUCCUGUUUUGGAAAAGGUGCUAUCUCUAAAAGCCGUAAAUUGGUACGUGAGAAAAAAUUAUUUUAUAAAGAAUUUGUGUUUAAACCAGGAGCUGUUCUUGAAGUGGUGUGUUCUUACAUUGUUUCCCCAGCAGAUUUUUCAUGUCAGUUGCAAAGUAAACUGCCAGAGCUAAAUAACUUAAUGGAACAAAUUCAGACUUACUAUAAAGAGCAUAUCAGUCCUUACAAAACUGGACAGGUUGCCUGUGUUGUUAAAUGUCCCAAGGACGGGAGGUGGUACAGAGCAACUGUGGUGCAGCAAGUAUCCACAAACGAAUUUGAUGUGUUUUUUGAAAGAGUUUUGCUUAAAGAUCUUCAAGCUGUUCUUCCAGAUUUCCUGACUCUGGAAAGUCAAGCAUUUCGAUGUGGACUUAAAAAUGUACCCUUACAGACUGACUCACUUAAUUGGUCUGAAAAAGUGUGUAGACAUUUUGAAGACUUCAUUUCUGCUUCUAGAGGACCACUGACUUGCAUCAUUUAUGCUCUUACUCUUGUAAGCCCCAACUGUUUAUGCAAUGUAGUUGACUUACAGACUCCAUUUAUUAGUGCAGAGGAAUUCCUCAGAGAACGUGGUCUCAGCCAGUCUGAAUAUAUUGGCCUGAGAAACCUUGCAUCUUUGGGUUCUCUGUACAGUUUUUGCUACUCAUCUUUUAAUAUAAAAAUUGGAAGUGAGGAGGAGAUUUAUAUAACUCACAUACAUAGUCCUUCAAAAUUCUAUUGUCAGCUUAAUCGAAACACUGAAACGAUAGAUGCAUUGAUGAAGAAGGUUAGUGUCAUAAGUAAAAUGUCAAAUAAUGCGAAAUAUGAUACCAGCAAUACGCGAUUAUGUAUAGCCAGAUAUUUUGAAGAUGGUCUCUUUUAUAGAGCUUUGGCUUUUCCUGUGGAAUCAACAUCCUAUCUAUGUGCUGACUUUGUGGAUUUUGGAAAUAAGAGUAUGGUAGAGAGAGACCAGCUGAUGCCUAUUCCAGACUCUGCCACUGACCUAAUAUUCACACCCAUGCAAGCUAUUAAAUGCUGUCUGUCAGAUCUUAGGGAGACAAAAAUUCCAGCAAGAGUUACUAGAUGGUUUGAGGAAACAUUCCUUUGUAAACUGCUGAAGGCUGUAAUUGUAUCCAGAGAAUCAGAUGGACAGAUUGUUGUGGAGUUGUAUGAUGGACAGCUCAAAGUAAGUCAGAAAAUUAAAGAAAAAAUAUCAGAAGAAUUGGCACUGAAAAAUCAUACGGAACAGUUUGUUGGAAGUGAUGGAGGAGUGAUAUGUCACAUGGAAUGUGACAAAGAAAUUAAUAAAGUGAAUUCUGAAGUAGUAGGGUAUAUUUCUCAUAUGAAUAGUCCAUCAAGUUUCUAUGUUCAGCUUGCAGAAGAUGAAAACUUAAUAAUACAACUAGCAGAAGAAUUAAAUGAAAGCAUUGUGAAUAUAGGUCAUGAAAAUUGCUUAGAUGAGCUCAUGGUAGGGGAUCUCAUUGUAGCACAGCAUGACACUGAUUGUUUUUACUAUAGAGCAGUUAUUAAAACUCUGCAAUCAGGAAACUGUUUUGAGGUAGAGUUCAUUGACUAUGGUAAUGCAGCAGUUGUAAGUCCUUCAAAAAUCUGCAGGCUUCAGAAAAAGUUCUUGACUUUACCGAGGCUCAGUGUUCAUUGUUUCCUUAGCAGAGUAGUAAGUGUUCCUGAUGAAAGCUGGACUAAUAAAAGUACUUCCUAUUUUGUAAGCAGAAUAAAUAACAAGCCAGUCACUUGCAAGUUCUUACAGCAACAUGGAGAGCAAUGGGAAAUAGAUGUAAUUUGUGAUGGAAAGUCUAUGUCUAAGGACCUUCUGCACAAAGAAGGCAGGACAAGGCAAAACACACCAAUGCAUAAUCGGGAAAAUAGGCCAAAACAAAUUCUGGUAACAAAUCGUAAUCCUCAAGAGAGAAAGUCUAGGAAUGGUUUAGGUGGUCAAAGUAAAACUAAAGCUGUUAGGAGAAAAAAAAAUUCUUCUAAAACACCCUUAAAUGUCUUUCCUCAAGAUCUAAAUUCUGGACAGGUAGAAGGAGCAGAAGUAAUUAAUAUUUCAGAAAGUGGAGAAUUUCAUGUACAGUUACUUAGAAAUUUGCAAAUAUUACAUGAGUUAAAUGUAAUGCUUGUCAAAGAAGCACAAAGAAGUGAUUUGCUUAGAGUGGAUGACAUUGAAGAAGGUUUGGAAUGCAUGACAAAAUCUGAAAGGAACUUGAAGUGGUAUCGAUCAAAAGUGUUAAAGAAAUUUGUCAGGGAGAAGUUAAUGCUAGUUUUUUUCGUGGAUUAUGGCAAGUGUGAGAUGGUGUCUUUAAAUAAUGCAAAGAUGCUCAGUGACAAGAUUAAAAGUGUUCCUAAACAAGCUGUGUUUUGUAAAUGGGUUUGGUUUAAAAAACUGAAGAAAAUUCACUUUGUCCAUGUAGUAAAUGCACUCCUGGAUCAUGAAAUAAGGAUCUUGUUUUUGAGAUACUUGGAAUCCUCUCAUAUCUGGGAGGUAGAUAUUUUAAUAGGAGAAAUUCUGCUUCAGGAGUAUUUGAACCAGCUCUUAAGUCAUUGUCAGACUGGACCAGAAAAAUCCAGUGAUACUGACUAUAAGGAGUUUGGUACAUCAUUCAAGAUAAAUUCAAUCACAUGGAUGCUGCUGCAGAGUGGCAGAAGGUAUCCCGGGUUUGCAACUGCAGUUACUGAUCCUUCAAACUUCUGCAUCCAGUUUGAAGUCUUCUUUGAUUGCAUGAAGAACUUGUCUUUGCUGCUCUCUGACCUUCCUGACAACUUGCCAGCUUUGCCAAAAGAACUUGUGGCUCCUGGUGCUAGCUGCUUGAUCAAGUCUGAACUGGAAGCACAGUGGAACAGGGCAGAAAUUAGUAAAGUAACAAGUCAGUCUGUUGUUCUUACAUUUAUUGAUUAUGGCUUUCUGAAGAGCAUCCCUUACUCUGAUAUCCAUAAACUUAAAGUUAUUCCAGAAAGUCUGUCUUAUUUACCACGCUUGGCACACUCUUGCUCUUUACAUGAUACAGUUCCUGCCAAGGGGGAAUACUGGAGUGAUGAAGCUAAACUUCUGUUUCAGAAGCUUCUUAGUAAACCCGGUCUGAUAUUUCAUUUUAAACACUAUGGCUCUGAAAUGAAAUUAGAGGUGGAUGUUCUGUAUGAGGAGAACAGUCUAGCUCAUGCCUUAAUUGCUGCUGGCCAUGCAGUCUACUCUAGAAGUAGGUGCUGCCUCAUUCCAGUUGGCAAAAUUAGAUCGGAAAAAACAGAUUUGCAGCCUAAGUGUCCAAAUUCUAGUUACUGUGCUUCCCUUUGUGAACCAGAUUAUAAUGAUGACAAAAACUCCUAUUUUGCUGAUAGAAAUAAAGCAAAGUAG